UGCGUGUGUGGAGAUAUUUUUGGCUUCAAUGGCUUGCCAUAGAUGAGUUUAGCCUAGUUGUUCACGUUGAUAGACCAGAAGCCGGGAGGUUCUUUUAAACCCCUGCACUAAAGCAAUAGAGUUUGGACCAUGAGCCGAUCUGAAGAGACAUGAUAAACCAACGGAGAUCCUAGAAGAGGAUGUGAGACUUGUCCUGCACUUCUGUUUUACUGACUCCUGGUCUUUCCCAGAGAUGAGUAAUUUAAAGCAGAAAGCAGAGGGCAAGAGCGACGGGGAGGACAGCCCGGACGGAGGAUGGGGCUGGGUGCUGGUUGUUGCCAUGUUCGUCAGCAUGAGCCUGGUGUUCGGCCUGAUGCGCAGCUUGGGGAUCUUCUUUAUGGAGUUCGUUCAGUACUUUGAGGAAAGUGCUCAGGCCAUCUCCUGGAUCUCAUCCAUUGGUCUGGCAGCGCAGCAGUUCUUCAGUCCAUUGAGUGCUGCGCUGUGUAACGCGUUCAACGCCAGGGCGGUGGUCAUGACUGGAGGCUUCUUGGCUGGACUUGGCCUGAUACUUGCUUCUCAGGCCACCUGCCUUGUUCACCUUUACCUCACUAUGGGCCUAAUUUCAGGUUUGGGGUGGGGGUUGAUCUUUACUCCCAUGGUAGCUACAGUCAUCGCUAACUUCUCUCACCGGCGGACCCUGGCUUUAGGACUGGGCUUUUCCAGCAUUGGCCUCUCUUCUUUUGCCUUUAACCCCCUUUUCCAACUGCUGGUGGAGACGUACGCCUGGAGAGGUGCCCUUCUCAUUUUGGGUGGCCUAAGCCUCAACAUAGUACCCUGUGGAGCUCUGAUUCGCCCACAGCCCCGCCCCAAAGCUCUCCAAAAGGAAUCAAAGAGUACGCUGUCUUGUUCUGAUGUUCUGCGUCGAUUCUCCUCAUACCUGGAGCUGUCUCUGCUCCUAGAGAGGCCUUACAUCACCUACACCUUGGGCGUCAGUCUUUUCAACGUCGGCUAUUUUGUUCCGUAUUUCCACCUGGUGGCCCACAGCCGCCAGGCCGGCUUCUCCCAGUACCAGGCGGCUUUCGUGGUGUCAGCCGCGGGAGCCACGGACAUUUGCGGCCGAGUGGUGUCGGGGUGGUUCUCCGACCUGGGCCACUUCCGGCUCAUCCACUUGCUGAGCUUUUGGACACUGCUGGUGGGACUGUUCAUCAUGCUACUGCCCGUGAGCUCCCUGACCGGCUCUUACGCCGCUUUGGUGGUGAUCAGCCUCCUGUACGGGUUCUGCUCGGGAGCGUUGACCUCGCUGGUGUUUGCGGUGGUGCCAAAGAUCGUCGGGGUGCAGAGGACGAUGGGCGCCCUUGGGCUGCUGCAGCUCAUCGAGAGCAGUGCAGGACUGCUGGGAACCCCUCUGUCAGGGUUCCUCAAGGACAUCACCGGAAACUAUGUCGCCUCCUUCUUGGUUGCCGGUUCCUUCCUCCUCCUGGGUUCCUUCACCCUGGCCACGCUGCCUCACUUCUUCUCCUGCACGGAUCCUCCACUUCCUGUCACUGACAAGAGCGACAGUUUGCCCCCAGAGCUGCAGCAGAUGAGCAGCUUGUCUACAGACGCUAACAAUCAGACAGACGAACCAGAGAGGUAAAAAUACUCCUGACAGAGUACGGCUCCUUUCUGAAGACGGGAACGCUGCUGCGAAGGUGGAUGGAGCAUCCUCACGCUGUCGCGGACGCUCAAAUCCAAAAGUGAAGACGAGGCUCAAAACACUUUUGAUGUCAGGUUUGCACUUUCAGCUACUUCAGCUGAAAUAACUAACUUUCCCUCUAUGUCUUUGAAGGGACUGUAAACAGAUACUAAUUACCUCUGUACUCAAAUGUAUUAUUUUCUUCAGGUAUAAAUUUGAUUUGCACAUUAUCUUUCAACAUUUUAUCAGCAUAUGUCAACAUUACCUUGUUAUUAAGGUGCAUUUCCUGUAGUUUAGGUUUUGUAGACCUGGACUUUCACCUGAAGCCACAGCUUUUUAUUGACAAAGUGCUACAAAAGUCUUCUCUGGCUGAUUUCUUUCAGCUCCUCCCUUUGUUAUCACAGACAUCGUUACCAGCUGCAAAACUUUGACAGUGUUGGAAAAGUUGUCCUGCAGGAACCGUGCUUUCCGUCUGUUCAAUACGUGCCUUUUGCAUUUGCACCCUGAACUUUAGUAAACCAUAAACCCUUUCAAACAGGAAAAUUCUGUCUUUGAGGACAAUGAAUGAAGGUUUUUAAUGGUUAAAAUGGGGUCACAGUGAACUGCUGGUUAAAGGCACACUCACCCAGAGUUGCUCCAUUAAUGGAAGUCAAUAAUUAAGUGUUGCUAGGCAACUACCUAAAAGAAAAACCCUUUUUAGUUUUCAUUAUACAAAAUUGUUACCUCUUUGUACCAGCCAACCAAACUAUGUUGUUUUUACCCCUACUUUACCUCUCUUUUCACAAAACUAGUGUAAAAACCAGAGACCAACCAAACAGCUGUGUCGCCCUCUGCUGGACAUUGUAAGAAAUUGAACAAAUCCUCUGAAACAGCUUCAAUCCACAGAAAAAACAAAGAAUUGAACACAAUGA